AUGGCAGCGGAGGAGGCUGCGGAGGCCUCGCUGGCGCGGCUGUCCCCCGAGCGGAGGCAGCCGGAGCGGGAGGACGACGAUGAGGAGAACCCCGAAGGCGGCGGCGAGACAGCAGCGCUCAAUGGUGUGGUUGUCCCUGGAAAAGAGAAAAGCAACAACCUGGAUGUGAAAGUUACUGAGUCAGAAUUGGAAACUGAAGGAAAAGGAACAGAGGAAGAAUCCACAAGGGAAUCUGAUAGCAACAUUUUGGAUGUAUCAUCUGAUUAUCCAAGAGAGAAACAUAUUUCAAUCCAAAGACAUCUUGCUGAUCUAGAGAAACUAGCUGACCUGAAAGAAGGUGAGUUUACCAUGGCAGUAUCUGAGACCACAGAUCUUCAUGUUACAGAUGAAAAGAAGCCUUGUCCGUUGUGUCCUGAGGAGAAAUUCAAAGCUUGCUAUAGUCAUAAACUCCAUCGUCACCUUCAGAAUUUGCACUGGAAAGUUUCUGUUGCAUUUGAAGGGUACAGAAUGUGCAUCUGUCACUUACCUUGUCAUCCAGUAAAACCAAACCUCAUUGGAGACCAGACAUUUUCAAAGAUGGGAGCCCAUUACCAUUGUAUCAUCUGUUCAGCAACUAUCACACGAAGAACUGACAUGAUAGGUCAUAUUAAUCGUCAUGUGAAUAAAGGAGAAACUGAAUCAAGGUUUAUUACAAUUCCUGCUCCCAAGUCUUCUCAUGAAGUGCUGAAAGAGUCGGCCACAGAUGUUCAGGUUCUUCCCAACUACUCCACACCUCAGAAAACAGAUUCCUAUUUUAAUCCUAAAAUGAAACUCAACAGGCAAUUGAUAUUCUGCGCACUAGCUGUUCUAGCUGAGGAACGUAAACCGAUAGAAUGUUUGGAUGCUUUCGGUGCCACUGGUAUAAUGGGAUUACAAUGGGCAAAGCAUCUCAGAAGUUCUGUGAAGGUUACAAUUAAUGAUUGUAAUGAAAAUUCUGUGACAAUGAUUCAGGAAAACUGCCAUUUAAACAAAAUGAAGGUGAAACUGCACACUAAGGAACAAGACUAUGAUGAAGCUAUGGGAGAUGGAGGAGAAAAUAGUGACACCAUUGAGGUGACAAAAAUGGAUGCCAAUGUUAUAAUGCAUUUGAGAUCAUUUGAUUUUAUCCAUUUGGAUCCCUUCGGAACUUCUGUGAAUUAUCUGGAUUCUGCCUUUAGAAAUGUGAGAAAUCUUGGAAUUGUGUCACUCACGUCCACAGACAUCAGUUCUCUGUAUGCAAAGGCUCAACACGUUGCCCUGCGUCAUUACGGAUGUAAUAUUGUCAGAACUGAGUACUACAAGGAACUGGCAGCCAGAAUAGUAAUUGCUGCUGUGACAAGAGCUGCAGCUCGCUGUAACAAAGGCAUUGAAGUUUUACUUGCAGUAGCUCUAGAACAUUUUGUUCUAGUAGUGGUCAGAGUUUUAAGGGGGCCAUCCCCUGCGGAUGAUUCAGCAAAGAAAAUAAGAUACCUCAUCCAUUGCCAAUGGUGCGAAGAGAGAAUUUUUCAGAAAGAGGGUAAUAUGGUAGAAGAAAACCCUUAUCAGCAGCUCCCUUGUGAUUGUCAUGGCAGUAUGCCUGGGAAGACAGCAGUAGUUCUUGGUCCACUCUGGUCAGGAGCCCUCUUUAACACUGGAUUCCUCAGAAGAAUGCUGUUUGAGGCUGUCCAGUAUGGUUUGGAUGAAGCUCAGCCACUUUUGAAGACGUUAGUUUGUGAAGCAGACUGUACAACUUUAAAACAUUUUUCUAUCCAUAGUCUUUAUGAUGAGAACAAACAAGAAGAGUGUGGCGUAUAUAUUAAAACACCAAAUACUACUGCAGAAUCCUGCUUGGUACAUGGAAAAAGAAAAAGCGAUGAAGUGAUUCGAAAUGCAGCCAAGCGACAAAAAUCUGAGAACAGUGCUGAGCAUCCUGCAUUUUACUACAAUAUCCACAGACACAGUAUUAAAGGAAUGAACAUGCCAAAGUUAAAUAAGUUCUUAAACUAUCUUUCUGAAGCUGGAUACAGAGUAAGCAGAACCCACUUUGAUCCUAUGGGAGUUCGCACGAAUGCGCCCUUGGCACAGUUUAAGACUAUUCUUAUGAAGUACAGCACUCCCACAUACCUUGGGGGGCAGGCAGAAGGCCCUGUCCAUCUUCCUGAAGAUGUCAAGGCAGGAGAACAGGUUCAGGCUGCUGCAGACAGCAAGGCAGAAGAUGCCGAGUUUCUGGAAGACGAUAAAUCUGGAGUUGCUCCCGCCAUGUUCACAAAAGACUACCCUACUCACUGUGGAGCUGAUUAA